AUGAUUUCAGAGACCCUACCUGUCUGCAGGAAAUGAGAGGAGGUUUUGCCUGGAAUGCACUAUGCGCUAAAGUGAAAGGAUCGCUAAUACAAUGUGUGAGAGGCAGCCGAGCAGGCACUUCCUACCCUGACUGUCUGUGUGAUCUGCUGCACCAGGAAGCUGCCGGCAGCUGCUGAUCUGACAACACAAGCUGCUGUCUUUAUCAGCUCUUUGGGUGACAUGGCUGAAUUCUGAGGGAUAACACUCUAACUGCUGCCCAGACCAUGGCUGCUAAGGAAGAGCUCUACUCCCAGAUCAUCCCCAGAAAAAACAGGCAGCACCGAGCAGGGACCAUUAAGCAUGGAUCGUCUCUGGAAAUCCUGCUCUCCAUGGGUUUCCCAAAAGCAAGGGCACAAAAAGCUUUAGCGUCCACAGGUGGAAGAAGUGUACAAGCUGCAUGUGACUGGUUGUUUUCUCAUGUAGAUGACCCAUUUUUAGAUGACCCUCUGCCUCGGGAAUAUGUAUUAUAUUUGCGGCCUACUGGUCCUUUAGCACAAAAACUUUCCGACUUCUGGCAACAAUCAAAGCAGAUGUGUGGAAGAAACAAAGCACACAACAUAUUUCCACACAUAACACUUUGCCAAUUUUUUAUGUGUGAAGACAGUAAAGUAGAUGCACUUUGUGAAGCUUUGCAGACCACUGUUUCCCAUUGGAAAUCAAGAUUCCCUAAUCCCCUGCCUCUGGAACUAUAUGUCUCUACCAAUUUCAUUGGCCUGUUUGUUAAAGAAGAAUGUGCUGAGGUCUUAAAGAAAUUUGCAGCAGAUUUUGCAGCAGAUGCCUUAGUGAAGACUGAGGUGAGGGUGGAACCUCACAAGAAGCAGCUGCAUGUGACUCUGGCGUACCACUUCCUAGACAGUCACCUGCCCACACUGGAGAAACUUGCACACAGUAUAGAUAUAAACCUUGGUUGUGACUGGGUGGCUGCAAUAUUCUCCCGAGACAUUCGUUUUGUCAAUCAUGAGACCCUCCAAGUGUUAUACCCAUAUUCGCCACAGAAUGAUGAUGAACUAGAGCUGGUUCCUGGAGAUUAUAUAUUUAUGUCCCCAGUAGAACAGUCAAGCACUAGUGAAGGCUGGAUAUACGGAAGUUCACUUGCAACGGGAUGUUCUGGGCUAUUGCCUGAAAACUAUAUCACAAAAGCUGAUGAAUGUGGUACAUGGAUAUUUCACGGAUCAUAUUCACUUCUUAAUACUUCCCUAUCCGCCACAUGUUCUCUUGAGGAUCGAGUGAUGGAGAAAAGACAACAGGAGGAUCCUGGCCUGGGAGAUACAUCAGCACUUACAAUAAUAUGUCAACCUAUGCAGCCUCUGAGAGUAAACAGUCAAACCGAGCCCGGUGCCAAGAAGCGCUGUCUCUUUGUCUGUCGCCAUGGUGAAAGGAUGGACGUUGUUUUUGGGAAGUACUGGUUGUCACAGUGCUUUGAUACAAAAGGAAAGUAUGUGCGAACAAACUUGAACAUGCUCCCAAGCUUACCCCAGAGAAGCGGAGGCUACAGAGAAUAUGAGAAAGAUUCCCCAAUAACUGUGUUUGGAUGCACACAAGCAAAACUUGUUGGUGAAGCUUUGCUGGAAAGUAACACUGCUGUAGACUUUGUCUACUGCUCCCCAUCUCUGCGCUGUGUCCAGACAGCACAAAACAUUCUUAAAGGUCUUAAACAAGAGAAUAAAGGAAAAAUCCGUAUAGAACCAGGCUUGUUUGAGUGGACCAAGUGGGUAUCAGGAAACACUCUUCCUUCAUGGAUUUCCCCAACAGAAUUAGCAGCAGCCAACUUAAGUGUUGAUACAACGUACAGACCUCAUAUACCAGUCAGCAAACUAGUGGUUUCUGAAACAUAUGAUACAUAUAUGAGUAGGAGCUUCCAGGUUACCAAGGAUAUUCUGAGUGAAUGUAAAGGCAAAGGAAAAAAUGUUCUGAUUGUAGCACACGCCUCUUCUCUGGAUGCAUGCACGCGGCAACUCCAAGGCCUGACAUCCCAGAACUCCAAGGACUUUGUGCAGGUGGUUAGAAAGAUUCCAUAUUUGGGAUUUUGUUGCUGUGAGGAGCUUGGAGAUACUGGCCUGUGGCAGUUAACUGAUCCCCCUAUCCUUCCUCUGACUCAUGGACCAACAGGUGGCUUUAACUGGAGAGAGACAUUACUACAAGAAUAAACAAAACAAAUGAAUGUCAUCUAAAACAGAAAACAUAUCUAAUCUUAAGAAAAUGUUUAAAUAUGUCUAGAUAGACAUAUCUAUUACUUAGGCCUUCUACAACAGCAUGUGUGCGUGACAGGGGGAUACACAGAAGAUAUUUUUGUUGAAGAUUGGUAUUUAUGAAUUUAAAAGUAUAUAUAUUAAACAUAAACAAAUGUAUUCCUGCCAACGUUGUGUUGGAAAUGUUAUGUUAUGCAUGCACUGGCAGCCAUUCCAUAGAAACGUAUCCUCAUCCAAUGCUCAGAGUGCAAAUUGGCAUGCUGGACUCCACAACAGCUUAUUAUUCAAGAUAGUCAUGGUUACAGCAACCUCAUAUUAUUAUUUGGUAUGUUACCAACUGUAUGUACAAGUGUUAUUAGCAGAAACCGAUUGCAUCUCAUUGUUACCAUUUUUACAGGGAUGCAGUUAAAGCUAAAAGACCCCAAAUUCCUAAUCUGCCCCAACCUAUAUUUGCAGAAAACUCAGAUGUAGGUACAAUUAUCCUAAUUAUAAAAAAAAAAUUGCUGCUGCGUUUUAUACAUGAUUAUUUUGUCUCGAAAGUGGCAUUUAUAUAUGCAUUUUGUUGCCUGCUUUCAACCCCUUCUUAAUAAAGUCAAAGGCAAAGUCCCUGAAAACAUGGACUUUGGUGAGCCUCAGGGCACAUUCUGUAAAUUAGUAGCUAUAUCACCAGAUUAUUAAAUAGAGACAUUUAGCAGCACAUUCUGAUACAUUACAUUUAUCCUAAUUAGUGAUGUAGUUUUAGCUAUAUAUCCUAUCAGAAUAUGGUAGAUGGUUCUGGACAUCAUAUUUCACUAGGUGGUGGACAGUGGCAGACAUUGGGCAUACAGCAUAGGGCUCCUGUGCUACGACAUGAUAAGGACACACCAUCUUGGAUACGGAUGACUCCCAUUGUAUGAGCCAUACAAAGUCUGUAUGUAGCAAA